AAGGUAGGGUAAAUGAUUUGAUCCAAAAACAUUUUUAGUUAUGCUGGUUAAAAGUCUCCUCACAUCCUGAUAGCAAUCAAUAUGUUAAGAUGUUCAAAUGUAUUUGUAAAAAUUUAUGUCAUCUGUGAAAGGCGUAGAACCAAAAAAUGUUCAACCAACCAUAGAUUUCGGUCCGAACGGACGUUUCCAUUUUUGUCCAUGAUACGUAAGCGUAAUUUGAAUGCCACCGCACAAACGUCAUCAUCAGCGCGUGCACAACAGGUCCGCUGUGUGCAAGCAAAGGGAGAAUGACAGACCAACAGCAGCAACCAAACUGUCCCACUGAACCUGCAAAAAGUGGAACUAAAAGAAAACACGUUUUUGAUAAAGUGAUGAACAAAAAACGUCUGGAUCAAGAAAGGGGGAAAACUCGAAUUAAUAUCGGUGUAACUGCCUUUCCACGAUGGAGGCAACUGCGUGAGGCAAAGUGUUUACAAAACGAUGCCAUGGUUGCACUGUUCCUUUUAGACAGUUACGAGCAAACUACUACGUCUACACCUUUGGUGCAUGGAUUCGCGAGGCCACCAGCGCCGGAUGUUUCUACAAUUUUUUCCGACUCUACAUCUACGUACAAACAUGGGACUAAUUUCAAUAUCGCUGGAAUACAGCAAUUUGAAAGCAGCGAAUCUGAAGAGGCCAGCAGUCAUGAUUUGGAUACAAAUACAUAUGUACUUGAAAGAGAUGUCGCUGAUGACUUUAAUGACAUUCGCAAUACAAUUAUUGACUGGGACGAUGACACAUGGCAUCCAGAUAUGGAGACAGAGACUUCAGAAUCUUCAGAAGAAUAUGACACCAAAGAAAUUGAUUCUGAUUCUGAUGACAGUGAUGCUGACUACUGUCCACGCAUUUGUGUCCGGUCUAGGUAUACUUCAAAGAUGCCCAUUCACUUGGAUGACAUUCAGCCUAUCAGCAUGGAAGAUACAGUCCACGAUGCUUUGGAUUCCCAUGAGCCACAUAUAACUGAGACGCCUACAUCCAAAGAGUCACUUAAAGUCCUGGUUGUGGAUGAUGUAAUAGGACAUCCAGCAUCCAUAGCUUACCAUGACUCUCUGAAGCAACUAGCCCAAUUCCUUGAUUUACCAAUCCAAACAUGUAAAGCUAAAGAGUGUGGAGCAUCUAAACCAUUUGAAAUCAGUGUGACAUCCAGGGGCACAGCUGCUGUUAUUGAAUGGGUAUGUUCUUCUGGUCACACUGUGUGGAAUUGGUCUUCACAGCCCACUAUGAAAUACGGCAUGCUAGUCGGGGACUUCAUGAUGGCCACAAACAUACUGCUUUCAGGCAACAACUAUGCCAAAAUAUCACUUCUCUUCAAAUUUAUGAAUAUGGGCAUGGUAAAGAAGCCAGUUUUCUUUAAGAUACAGGACACCUACUGUGUUGACACCAUAAAAGAAUUCUGGCAUUCAAAGAGAGCUGAAGUCAUCAACCAGUUAAAGUCCAAAGAAUCUAUAGUAGUACUAGGAGAUGCUAGGAUGGACAGUCCAGGGUUCUGUGCACAAUAUUGCACAUACUCCUCCAUGGACAACGAGACCAAAAAAAUAAUCUGCAUGGUCAACAUUGAUAAACGGGAAACGCAGAGGAACUCGGUGAUAAUGGAAAAGGAAGGCUUUAUUCGCAGCUUUGAAACUCUCUGUCACGAGCUCCAGGUUACAGAAUUUUGCACAGAUGCACAUGCCCAAAUAUCUGCCCUCUUCAACAAAGGGAAAUACAAAGAUAGUGGCGUCAUGCACACACUGGACAUAUGGCAUGGUGCUAAAUGCUUAGGCAAAAAGGUUUAUACGACAAUGGCUUCAUUCUCUGAAAUUCCACACAACUUUCAGUUUAUUUUGUAUUAUGUCCAGGCAGGGCAGCAGAAGGACUGUACUAUUUUACAGAGCUGGAACAAGGACAUAUGUAACCACUUUUGGUAUUGCUGCAAGGUAGCAGACACCUAUGAUGAUUUCUUUGACAAAUGGGUAGGACUCCUGCACCACGUUACAGGAGAACAUGCGUGGGCCCUUGGAGCAUGUGACCAUGGUCCCUUGCUGGAGCAGAGAGAUAAGGAGUGGUUUGAAAAAGGUUCCAAGGCACAUCAGACUCUGACGCGCAUUAUUCUGGAUGCACGAUGGCUGAAAAAUGUGCACAAGUUCUUACCUUUCAGGUCAACUUCUGAACUGGAGUCGUUCCAUAAUCACCUACUUAUGUAUGCCAGCAAGCGCUUCAGUUUUUCCCCUCCUGUAUACGCAGCACGCACCAUGCUUGCUGGCCUGGACUACAAUCACCACGUUAACAGACCAGUUAGGAGAAAAGCUGAUGGCUCCAUACAGUAUGGAAAGAUUUACAAUAAAAGAUCAAGAAGGUGGAGGUUAUACGCGCUAAAGGAGGAGAAAAACUACAGCUACAUUGCUGAUUUGCAGGGUGCUAUCCUGAUGAAAAGGUUAUCGGGUUCUGAGAGAGUACAACAGAGAAGACCCCCAAAGCCAGGUGAUCCACGUCUGCUCGGUGUUCUGAGUGGUGUCCCAGCCCCAUCCACACAGGAGCUGUUGCAAACACAGAUGAGCAGAGGGACAGGGCAAUCGCUUCAAAACCAGUAGAUCGUAUCAGCACACAUGGACAACUUGGUCAAUCGUUCAACCUUCUAGAUCUACUGACCACAUACCUGGUUUAGCGUGUGUAUAUACAUGUAUAUUAGUGUGUGUGUGUGUGUGUGUGUGUGUGUGUGUGUGUGUGUGUGUGUGUGUGUGUGUGUGUGUGUGUGUGUGUGUGUGUGUGUGUGUGUGUGUGUGUGUGAUAUACUCUAUUUUUCUAUUAAGAAGUGCAAGAUUCUUUAUAAUAAAUCAACAUUGAUAAAUACAUUUUGGAAUUAUCUUUCUGCAUGUAAAUACAUAUUGUUUUCUUUGAUAUGUGAGGAUAACUAAACUAUACUUCAUUACAAUAACUUACAACAAGUAAACAACAAAAUGAUUCUUUAUUAAAAUAACAUCCAAGUAAACAAUAUUAUGGAAAAGUGCAUUUGAUUCAUUACAAUAAAUCAACAUUGGUUAACAUUUUUUGUAUUUUUGUAAUUAUCUUUCUGCAUGUACAUACCUAUUGUUUUCGUUGAUAUGUGAGAAUAACAAAACUGCUUCAUUACAAUAACUUACAAGUAAACAACAAAAGUCUUCUUUGUUACAAUAACUUCCAAGUAAAAAAUAAUAUGGAAAAGUGCACUUGAAUUAGGAAAUAAAAGUAAUUUUUAAAACUAUGUAUUACACAAGAAUUUCUGUAGGGUUUUCAAUAAUAA